CCGAAACGACCAAGACCCUACUUGGCCCUUGCUACUCUCUCUCUUUGUCGCAGCUGUGCGACGAUGGCCGAUGCCGAGCUCGCCGAUCCGGGGAGCGUCCUCGAUUUCCUCGGCGAGGGAAUCAUCCGGAUCGUCUCCCCCGUCUCCGCCUCCAUGCUCCUCGUCGUCCUCCUCGUGUCCUCCCUCUCCUCCCCCUCCUCCUCCUCCUCGUCCCCCCUCUUCUCCAUCACCUACUCCUCCUCAUCCGCGUGGGACGACCUCAAGGUCGCCCUGCUCAGCUCCGUCGCCUUCGUCGCCCUCACCACCCUCGUCACCUUCGUCCUCGUCCUCCUCUUCUACCUACGCUGCUCCCGCCUCCUCCGCUCCUACCUCGCCCUCUCCUCCUUCGUCGUCUUCGCCUUCCUCGGCGGCCACGUCUCCCUCCUCCUCGUCCGCCGCUUCUCCCUCCCCCUCGACCCCCUCACCUUCGCCCUCCUCCUCCUCAACCUCUCCGUCGUCGGCGUCGCCGCCGUGUUCGCGCCCUCGAGGACCAUCCCCAUCUCCCUGAACCAGGCCUACCUCGUCCUCAUCGGGGUCCUGGUCGCCUACUGGUUCACCCUCCUCCCCGAGUGGACCACCUGGGCUCUCCUGAUCGCCAUGGCCCUGUACGAUCUCGCCGCCGUCCUGCUCCCCGGCGGCCCCUUAAGGCUUCUAGUGGAGAUCGCCGAGUCCCGGGAUGAGGAGAUCCCCGCUUUGAUCUACGAGGUCCGUCCCGUGGAGAACCUCCCCAGAUUGAGUAGGAGGGUUUCGAGAGCAAGGACGCAUUUUGACGCCAACCCACCUUCUAAUUCCACCCCUGCUCCGCCCGGAGAGUCGCCGCCCCCCGAGAUGGCAGUGGUGCUCGAUGUGGAUAGACCUGCAGCAGAGGAACCUUCGCCUGCCGAUGUUAAUGCUCCUUUAAUAGAACAGAGACGAAACCACCCGGUAAAUCGGUCCGGAGAAGAGUGGCUUGAAGGGAUAGGAGUGGCUUCGUUGGGUUCGAUCAAGUUAGGGCUGGGGGAUUUCAUCUUCUACAGCGUGUUGGUCGGGAGGGCGGCCAUGUAUGAUUACACGGCAGUAUACGCUUGCUACCUCGCGAUUAUAGCAGGGUUAGGUGUUACUUUGCUGCUUCUCGGCUUCUUUCGUCAGGCAUUGCCGGCUCUUCCGGUGUCUAUAACUCUUGGUGUUGUGUUUUAUGUAUUGACGCGGGAAUUGCUCGAAGUUUUUGUUGUCCAGUGUUCGACAAAUUUGCUGAUGUUCUAAGAGGCCAACUCAUUUGUUUAAGAGGAACCAUUCCACACUGUUUUCCCUCCUGAAGGAUUUCACAAAAUCUCUAUCAUGUUCAACAAAGUUUUUGUGGUCCUGUGUUCAACAAAUUUGUUGAUGUUCUAAGACGCCAAUUUAUUUGUUUUAGAGGAACCAUUCCACACUAUUUUCCCUCCUGAAAGAUUUCACUAAAUCUCUAUCAUGCUCCUUGGACUGAAAGACUAAGAAGCACAGCUCCCAAUUUCACUUCAAGCUGAUGUUUAGCACUGGUUUCUUGGUGAAAUCUGAAUGCAACUCACAGAAUGGCUUAACUUGUUUUUCUGGCUUUGAUGGUUGAAAA